AUGUUUUCACCAUCCACAUUACAUGAUCAGUCAAUUCGACUAGCACAGCCGUCAGAUUCGGGCCCAAAGUGCUUGGACCAACAGUUCACAUUAACAUUUAUCGACAGUAAGCAAGGUGUUCGCAGACUAAGUGCCGAAAACGCAGCAAAGCAUCGGCAAGCGAUCUUCACAGUACACCUAACACGACUAUACACAGACACAGAACGUCAACGCAUGAGCAACGAAGUUAUCGAAUCAGUCCCCGAUCACAAUCCUACGCAAGCGCUCCUUGACCUUGAAAGAUUCGAUCAUUGUUCGGAUGUGACAACGCCAUUCUCAUUUUUCCAUGGACCCUUUGGUGUCUCGAGGCUAUCCCGAGUCAUCGAAACGGAUGUUCCAGAUCUGGAUACCGACGAAACCACUCCUUCACCCAGAGAUUGGCUGGCCGAACUCGAUGAGAUACUUGGACAAGAAGAGGAGAUCGAUCUAUUUUCUAGUCUUCUCGACGUCUCCAACGAUCUACCAGUCGACGAGUCAUGGCUACUCGAAUUGAUUUCACCAGUCACAGAACCAAUCGAAGUAGUCAGCGAUAGCCCCCGGUCACAAAUUGUUUCCCAUCCUUCCCUCUUCAAUGACAAUCAUGAAGCAUGGUCUAUUCUGUCAUACUACAAAGACAGGAUAGUACAUUUAAUCUCCCCCUUAGGCCAUGGCCAAGAAGGCGCUUGGCUAAGCUUGAUGAUGCCGUACGCAGUCAAUACACUGGGCGAGCUUACGAUGAGUGGGAGCGCAAAUCAUGCUCGGCUGGCUUUAUUGAAUGCACUACUCAGUACAAGUGCUUUUCAUUUAGGUCAAAACUCAGUUAUGCGUAUUGACCACUGGAUCAAGAUGGGAAAUUCAUAUUUGCAGAAAGCUGAGAGUCAUUUCAUGAAAUGCGUGGAAGAGAAUCGCAUUCCAGGCGUCAAGAAGAACAAGUAUAAGGAGAUUCUUAUGGCGAUACUGAGUCUUUCCUCUGCUUAUAUGUUAAAUGGAGAUUCAGACAAGCGUCGAUCAUGCCUAGUGCAAGCAGAGAAAUUCAUCUCAAUCCACGGGUUCGGAAAGUCAACAAUCUCCCAGAAACGAAGAUCCCUUCAUCAUUGCUACGCAUACAUGCGCAUCAUGGCCGAAACUACAUGCAUCGCCGACGGGUUAAGCGAAAGGCUUGCCAAUACCAGUAUAUCUACAGAAGAGGAUGCACCCAGCGCAGAAUUCCGAAUCAGUUCCGAUAUCAUUUUCUCCGAUAAUAUUCUGGCCGAGGAGAAGGAUCCCAGUGUGGCACAACGGGACCUUCAUCUGGCUAUUCCUGGCCGUUGGAGCUUAACACUUUUUCCGGAGAUGUACGGUGUCGCAGAGAGUUUUCUUAUGCUCCUGUCGCAGGUGAUCCGACUUGCCAACGAGCGGGACUUUUCCAUGCUAUAUCAGAGUACGAGUGGCGGCCUUAACCUCAGAGACUUCUGGUUGCGGGCUAAGACGCUGGAGAAGGGAAUCAACAUCCUUUCAUCAUCGUGCACGUCAGGAUUUACAUACGACUAUGACUCUGAGAGGGAAGCAGAUAAUCCGAGAGCUCAAGCGAUGUACACUGCCCUUCUUAUUUUCUUCCACCGGCGAAUAUACGACCUUGAUGCUACUAUGCUCCAGCGAGAAGUCAAUUCUGUGUGCUCAUUCCUCACGAGCAUUCAGCAGGACGAAGCUGGCCAGAGCGGCGAAAGUAUGGCUACACUGAUAUGGCCUGCAUUUAUCGCUGCAUGCGAAGCGGUGGACUUGAACUCUCAAGCAUUUUUCUCGCGGUGGUUCGAUACUUGUUUUACAGCAACUGGACUUGUGAAUGCGUCUGUGGCUAAAUCCAUCAUUGAGACGAUAUGGGCUAAGAGACAGGAAACUGGCCUGAAUAGCAACAUGUAUACCUGGCCAGAAGUGUUGAGAGCGAAGAAGAUAAGGCUGAUGUGUACCUAA